AUGAUCGCGGCUUUGUGGUUCUUAAUAAUAAUAAUAGUGGUACUAAUACUUCUGCCGAAAACUGGCAAAAAAUGUCUCCCAGGCCCCUGGAACUUACCCAUUGUAGGCUACUUGCACAAACUGGAUCCAAAAGCACCUCACUUGACUUUAACAAACCUUGUCCAAAAAUAUGGACCCGUUUAUAAAAUCAAAUUUGGCUCGCUUAAUGUUGUCGUUAUCGGUGAUGGCAAAAUAUUAAAAAAGGUGUUAGCAAAGGACGAAGCGCUUGCAAGACCUCAUCUUUACAUGAUAGACACUGUAUUCGGAAACAAAGGACUCGUAUUCACAUCCCUUGAUGUAUGGAAGGACCAGCGUAGAUUCGUAGCGAAUUUUCUGAAAGGAGCAGGGAUCUCUAAAAUUUCACCAAAUAAGAAAAACUGGGAGGAGAUGGUGACCAAACAAAUUGAAAAAUUUGUACAAGCUGUGAAAACUCAAGCUCCUGGUGUACCAGUGAAUCCUGCAGAACUUGUCACUCAGUGCGUCAGCAGUAUCGCUGGUGGGUUAUUUUUGGGCAAGGCGUCUUUGCUGGAUGACAAACUGGUCACCGAUUUGGUACACAAUCUUGAUAAACUAGUGGAAUUUUUCAAAGCCACACUAAAGUCGGUAGACAAAAUCGUCGGCAGAGUGCGCGAAAUUCAACAGAUCUUGAUAAACGAAUGUGAAAAAUCCACUGGUGAAGAUUCCAUGCCAAAUUUAAUCGACGCGUUCCUUGUGAAAAUGUCUAAAGGCAGCCCUAGCCAUAUCUACAACCUCGACCAACUAGAUUUCCUCUUGUUUGACAUUUUUCUAGCUUUCACUGAAGCUGUAAUAACCACUUUCCUCUGGAUUUUGCUAUAUUUAGCUCAGUACGACGAAGUCCAAACCCAGAUACGACAAGAAUUGUUUGAAGUAUCGCGAGGUGAACAAGUAAAAAUGGACGAUUUUGCUCACUUACCCUAUACCAAAGCAGCCAUUGCUGAAGCCACCAGAAUUCGAAGUUUAACACCAACUGGACUUCCGCACUAUGCGACCGAAACCAUUUGUGUUGAGGGUUUUACGAUUCCCAAAGACGCAAUGAUAAUGCCAUUGUUGUGGGCGAUUCAUAUGGAUCCAGAUGUGUACGAAAACCCGGAGGAGUUUUGUCCUGAGAGGUUUUUGGACGACGAAGGACAAUUUUUCAAGCCGGAUACGUUCGUUCCGUUUCAUAGUGGGAAGAGAAUGUGUCUUGGAGAAGAAAUAGCGCAAACGAUGAUGUCGAUUUUUGUUGCUACUGUCGUGAAGAAUUUUAAAAUCCAACGUCCUGACUCGUCGGUGCUGGAUUUCACGGGUGUUUGUGGUGCUUUGCUAAUCCCUAAACCCCAGAAGAUAAUAUUUAAAGAAAUAUAG